AUGCUAUCGGCAAAUUGGAAGAGGUUUUUGCAUAUGGUGAACUCGUGUUUGCUGGUUCCUGCUGCUGAGGAUGGUUUCGAGUGGAUGCCAAGCCAUGAAGGUGUGUUUUCAGUAGCAAGUGUGGCUGUUUUACUUGAGGAGUAUAAGGAGCCAGCUUGGGGUACUGUUAUUAUUAGGAGACUGAGCACAAUGUGGAAAUCGUUGGUUCCGCAAAAAAUAAAAAUUUUUGCUUGGAGGUUGUUGAUUUCUAGGCUGCCCUUGAAAGAUUUGUUGCUGCUUAGAGGUUUGGUAGCGAACAACAUAGAUCCUAAAUGCCCAUUUUGUGAUAACAUUGAGGAAUCCUUGGAACACUUGUUCUUCUUCUGCCAUAUUUCAAAGAACAUAUGGGAAAAGGUUCUUCAGUGGGUUGGUUUUAGCUCAGGCCUUUUAAGGGAGGCGUUUUUGGGUCUUGAUGAUAUUCAAUCCAAGGUGUCAAAAUCAAGUAACCGGGAUAAAGUUAAUAUUAUUUGGUUGGCGACUACUUGGAGUUUAUGGCUUAUGAGGAAUGACAUUGUUUUCAACAAUGAAACUUUUAGUUUUGAGAAGGUGUUUAACAGAAUUGUGUUCCUGUCGUGGCGGUGGUCGGAGUGUAGUAUUUUGUUUCCUAGAACUAGUUUCUACGAUUGGUAUAAGUUACCAAUUUAG